AUGAACGAGGAGCAGCGCGAGAAGCAAGGCCCUUGCCUGGGACUGCGCCUGGUGGAGGGCAUGAGUGGCAUUGCCCUGAAGAUAGCUGAGCGGAUGAAUCCGGAGGAUCUGGCCAAGCCGACAGAGGCGCUCCUGAAGACGCUGGCUGGCGACCAGGACAAGGCAUCGGCCUACAUGGUGCAUCGGGCCCUCACAGCCAUCCACACCGGCAACAGUGUGGACCAAUGGAGCUUGGUGCCGGCGUGUCAGGAGGUGGUGCUGGUGGAUGAUCACGACCCAGAAGAGGAGCUGCUUUUGCUCGCGCUCAACGCGAUGGCCACUCAUGGGACGGAUGCCUACUACUUCCAGAGGAAAUGCAAGGACUGUGGAUCAGUCUGGGUCACUAUGGCCCUGGCAAGGAGCGCGGAACCCAUCUGA